AUGAAACCACCGUUGUUUAAAAGGGGAAUUGAUCCAAUGAAAGUAGAGGCAGGGGUAUUGGGUAUAGAGAAAUUGUUUGAGGUCUUUCCAUGUACUGAGGCGCAGAAAGUCCAACUUGUCGCUUUUACUCUCGAAGAUAAAGCACGAAGAUGGAAAAUGGCAGAGUUUGAGACAUUGAGGCAAGGGAACAAGACUAUAGCAGAGUAUGAAGAACAAUUCACAGAACUAGCCCAUUUUGCACCACACAUGAUGGAUACGAAUUACAUGAAAGCAAGAAAGUUCGAGGGAGGACUUCGGAACGCCAUUCUAGAUCGGAUUAAUGUGUUAAAAUUGCAUACAUAUAUUGAUAUGUUGGAAAGGGCGAUAAUGGCUGAGGAUAAUAUAACUGCUCAAAAUUGA